AUGGCUGCCUCGAGCGAAGCCGGCUACAUGAUGUCGGAUGCGCCGUCGCUGGCUGCGGCCCAGAAACGGCCGCUCGGCUUCCCGUCGUCUUCCUCAGCGCGCCCCCGAGGCCCGCCGUCCGAGAAUCUUGGAGCCGCCAGCGACGACGAAGGGGAUGGCUUCGCCGACGACCAGGUGCCCCGUAGCUCGCGUGGCGCCAAAGCCGCAACCGUCUCCCGUGUCGAGGACAGAAUCGGGUCUCUUGUCCAGGAACACUUUGAGGCCUUCAUUGAGAGCUUCGUCGAAGACCCUCUCUCAUCCGGCGCGCCGCCUUCGAGCGCUGUCACAACCGACAAAUACUACGUCGCUCAGAUCAAGGGCAUGCGCAAUUACCAGCUCUCAACAUUCUACGUCGACUACCGCCAUCUAGCGUCUUGGGAGAACGGGAGCCUGGCUGACGGUGUCAUGCGCCAAUACUACCGAUUCCUGCCGUUCCUCACUGCGGCCCUUCACAACAUGAUCGCCAAGUACGAGCCCCAAUACUUCCGCGAACAUCGCCAGCCGACAGCCUCGAGUAACUUGGCGACGUCGGCAGCGAGCCACAUGGGCUCUGGCAGCCAGAGCGACCCCUCACACCGCAAGAACGAGCACCAGCAGACAGACAAGCUCUUCUCUAUCGCCUUCUACAACCUACCCCUUGUCUCCCGUGUCCGCAGUCUGCGAGCCGCCAACAUUGGCCAGCUCCUCUCCAUCUCUGGCACCGUCACACGAACAUCGGAAGUGCGCCCCGAGCUGUCCCUGGCCACCUUCAUUUGCGAGGCAUGCCGCGCCGUCGUCCCCAACGUCGAGCAGACCUUUCGCUACACGGAGCCGACGCAAUGCCCCAACGACACGUGCUCCAAUCGCGUCGGGUGGCGGCUCGAUAUCCGUCACAGUACCUUCGUCGAUUGGCAAAAGGUUCGCAUUCAGGAAAACAGCUCAGAGAUACCCACUGGUAGCAUGCCGAGAACCCUCGAUGUUAUUAUGCGCGGCGAGAUUGUCGAUCGGGCCAAGGCCGGCGAGAAAUGCAUCUUCACGGGCGCUCUGAUUGUCGUUCCAGACGUUAGCCAGCUCGGCCUACCGGGACUGCGGCCGACCGCCGUCCGAGACGACCGCGGAGCACCUCGAGGGGCUGAUGCCGGCGGAAGUGGUAUAAGCGGUCUCAAGGCGCUCGGUGUUCGUGAUCUGACGUACCGCCUGGCAUUCCUUGCUUGCAUGGUUGUCACCGACACCACGGCGACUGGACAGUCUGCAGCCAGCGGAGCCGCCGAUGUGAUUAAUGCUCUGACGCAAAAUAACGCCUCAGACGGUGCUGAGUCGGUUGAGGAGGCCCAGGCUGCUGUUCUCGCGUCGAUGAACCCUUCAGAGAUUGAGGACCUGCGAGCCAUGGUACACGGCGAUCACAUCUACUCUCGCAUGGUGCAGUCUAUUGCGCCCAUGGUGUACGGCCAUGAGGUGGUCAAGAAGGGCAUCCUCCUCCAGCUCAUGUCUGGUGUGCACAAGUCGACGGCCGAGGGCAUGCAGCUUCGAGGCGAUAUCAACAUCUGCAUUGUUGGCGACCCCUCUACUUCCAAGUCACAAUUUCUCAAGUACGUCUGCUCGUUCGCCCCGAGAGCUGUAUACACGAGUGGCAAGGCCUCCUCUGCGGCCGGUCUCACUGCCGCCGUGGUCAAGGACGAGGAGACGGGAGAGUUUACGAUUGAAGCCGGAGCCCUCAUGCUCGCGGACAACGGCAUUUGCGCCAUUGACGAAUUCGAUAAGAUGGACAUUGCCGACCAGGUCGCCAUCCACGAGGCCAUGGAGCAGCAGACCAUUUCCAUUGCCAAGGCGGGCAUCCAGGCAACGUUGAAUGCUCGCACCAGCAUUCUUGCCGCUGCCAACCCUGUCGGGGGUCGCUACAACCGCAAGGCGACCCUGCGGAGCAACAUCAACAUGUCUGCGCCCAUCAUGUCCCGUUUUGAUCUCUUCUUCGUUAUUCUCGACGAGUGCAACGAGCAGAUCGACCGUCACUUGGCGGAACACAUCGUGGGCAUCCACCAACUGCGGGACGAAGCGGUCGAGCCUGAGUUCAGCACAGAGCAACUGCAGCGGUACAUCCGCUUUGCCAGGACGUUCCGACCUGAAUUCACGGACGAGGCGAAGGAGGUGCUUGUGGAGAAGUACAAGGAGCUACGAGCCGAUGAUGCGCAGGGUGGCGUUGGCAAGAACUCGUACCGCAUCACCGUGAGACAGCUGGAGAGUAUGAUCCGGUUGAGUGAGGCCAUUGCCAAGGUCAACUGCGUCGAGGAGAUUUCGCCAGAGAUGGUUGUCGAAGCCUACGACCUGCUUCGUCAGAGUAUCAUUUCCGUUGAGCACGACGACGUGGAGGUCCUCGACGAAGAGGAGACGCAAGAGGACGGCACCACGCUCCGCCAGGCCGCAGAUGCCGCGUCUGGGAGGGAUGGCGAAGGUGACUCUCCGAUGGGAGCCGACCCCGGUCAGGCCUCGUCUGACGCCAGGAGAAAACACACCAUCUCGUACGAAAAGUAUAUCAAGAUGGUCAACAUGUUCGUGCAGCGCAUCAGCGACGACGAGAGCGGGAGCGGCGACGGAGUCGAGGGCGAGACCCUCAUCAACUGGUAUUUGGAGCAGCAGGAGGAGGAGCUCGACGGCGAGGACAGCUACCACGCAGAGAAGGCACUCGCCAGCACCGUGCUCAAGAAAAUGGUCAAGGACAACAUUCUCAUGGCCCUCAGAGGCGAAGGUCUCGUGGACGGCGAGGCGGUCUCGGCGACUUCCGCAGGUGUUGUAUACGUACUGCACCCCAACUGCGCGGUUGAGGAAUUCUGA